CAUGUUUCAACCCAAAUAAGGAAACACACGCCCAUAUUUCUUGGUCUGUCUUAAAUCUUUGUCUCCAAUUUCCACCAUGGAAACACAGGUGGAUACCUUGUGGGUUUUGGCUCUCGCUUCCAAAUGCAAAGCUUUCUCUUCCCCAAACACCCUUUUUCUUUUCGCUUUUAUAUGCAUGGCUUGGCUGGCCUUGGCUUUGUUCUACUGGGCUUACCCUGGAGGUCCUGCAUGGGGAAAAUAUUGGUCGAAAAUAUCAAAUAAGACCAAAGCGAAGAAAAUACCAGGGCCACGAGGGUUCCCGGUGCUGGGAAGCGUGAACCUUAUGGCUAACCUGGCUCACCACAAGCUCGCUGCAGCUGCCGAGUUGCUCGGAGCUAAGCGGCUCAUGGCUUAUAGUCUCGGGGAAACCCGCUUCAUCUUAACAUGCAACCCCGAUGUAGCUAAAGAGAUCCUCAACAGCUCAGUCUUUGCCGAUCGUCCGGUGAAAGAGUCUGCGUACAGCCUAAUGUUCAACAGAGCUAUUGGCUUCGCUCCUUACGGAGUUUACUGGCGAACACUGAGGAGAAUCGCAGCCACUCAUCUCUUCUGCCCCAAACAAAUCAACGCUUCAGAGUCUCAGAGGUUCGAAAUCGCAGCUCAAAUGGUAUCCAAGAUUGCAUGUCGUCCCGGCCGAGAGUUCUCUGUCCGCCAGAUACUGAAGCGAGCUUCGCUUAACAACAUGAUGUGCUCGGUUUUCGGUCGAAACUAUCAGCUCGAGCCAUCGAGCAGCGAAAGUAACGUACUUGGUCAGCUUGUGAAAGAAGGUUACGAGCUGCUGGGGAAGCUCAACAUGUCGGACCACCUUCCUUGGCUUGCAGGGCUCGACCUUCAGAAAAUCAGGUUCAGAUGCUCCAAACUGACCCCUAAAGUGAACCAGUUCGUGAACCGGAUUAUCCAAGAGCAUAGAGCCCAAACUGGGCAAAGAAACCAUGAUUUUGUGGAUGUUCUUCUCUCUCUGCAGGGGCCUGAUAAAUUAUCGGACCAGGAUAUGGUCGCCGUGCUUUGGGAGAUGAUAUUCAGAGGAACUGAUACUGUGGCGGUUUUGAUUGAGUGGAUACUAGCGAGAAUGGUACUCCACCCUCACAUCCAAUUAAAAGUGCAUGAAGAGCUCGAUAGGGUCGUCGGAAGAUCGCAGCCGUUGAAGGAAUCAGACAUCCAAUCAAUGGUUUACCUGCCGGCGGUCGUGAAGGAAGUUCUGAGGCUCCACCCACCAGGCCCACUUCUAUCGUGGGCCCGGCUCUCGGUCACGGAUACUACAGUCGAUGGAUAUGACGUGCCUGCAGGGACCACAGCCAUGGUAAAUAUGUGGGCAAUAACAAGGGACCCACAGCUGUGGACGGACCCACUAGAGUUUAUGCCAGAGAGGUUCGUGUGCAAGGAUGGUACUGACGUGGAGUUCUCUGUGCUGGGGUCCGACCUCAGGCUUGCACCAUUCGGAUCGGGUCGUAGGACAUGCCCCGGAAAGGCAUUGGGUUUGACCACGGUGACCUUUUGGGUGGCAACUUUGUUGCAUGAAUUUGAGUGGGUGCAAUCGGAUCACAAUCCGGUGGAUCUCAGCGAGGUCUUGAAGCUUUCGUGUGAAAUGGCAAACCCUCUUACUGUGAAAGUGGAACCAAGGCGCAGAUCAUAAGAAAUCAAAACGCCACAAUUCACAGAAUUACUUCUAUAUUGUAUAUGUAUAAAUAUAUAUAUGCAGCUGGUCCUUUAAAACAAAAUCUUAAUUAAGCCUCGGCAUGUCUCUGUUAGUGAGCAGCCAUUUGUAUGAGGUUGCAGGUUUAAUUUAGCGUCAGUGUGUGCUGUUUAAUUACUUCCUAUCAGCAAUAUCAGUGCUACUUAAUAACUUAAAUAUAUUUUACCUGUGCAAUGAAAGUUUAUCUUUUCUUCUUC